AAUAACUACUUUGCUUGGCACUUACUCUCUAUAGCUAUUUCAGAUUUUCAGUCAAAUUAGCUUUUAGGGUUUCGUUUAUUUUUUUGUCCAAUUCAAUCUUAUUGUCGGAUUCGUUUGCUUCAUUUCAGAUUGACUCGAUUUGUUCACAUUUGAUUUUGUAUUCAAUUCAAUUUAAUGCUUAUACAUGUCGUUAUUAUUUUUGUUAUGUAAAUUUCAAAAACAAAAAAUCGAAAUUGCAGAUCCGAAUGAAUCUAGUUUAGGAGGGAGUAGUUGAAUGUUAACGGUUCCAAAUGUCUGAAAAUAAUCACGUAGUAGAGCAGAUUUCGGAUUCGGAUCAUCACGUGGGAACCCAAUCAAAUGGGGAUACCGAAUCAAACUCUGAUAAUUAUCAAGAUCAGCAGGAAACGCAAGUUGAUCUCAAAGAUGAAGUUUUUGGAGAACCUGAAGAUGGAAAAUCUACAGAUGAUACUGCACGAGAUGACAUGUUUGUCGAUUGCCCCGACGAGCUAAUCACAUUUGAUGGUAAACCAAAGGAAGAAGAAGCUGUAGCUUCUUCUGAAAGUGAAGAUUAUGAAAAGGAGGAAGAAAGUGGAGUUCUGCAUCAACAACAUACUCAUUUUGUUGAAUUGGACAAUGGUUCGGUGGGGCAGCUGGAAAGGUUGCGGUUUAAGUUGGAGAAGGCUGUUGCUGAGAAAGACAGUGUUGUGAAGGAAUAUCAGGAAGAAAGAGAAAUUGUUGCCAAAGAAGUGUUUGAUCUUCAUUGUCAGCUGAAGAUUCUCAAUAGUCAACAUUCAUCAGCUAAUGAAGCUGAAGUUAGGGAAGUGACUGAUGUUCCGUUGAGGGAGAUGAUAAACGAAUGUUUGGAGUUUGUGAGAACCGCUUCAGAGGAGCGACUGAAAUGUGAAGAAUCAAUGAGUAAUCUUCAGGAACUUCUAUCUGUGAGGAACCAUGAGAUAGAGAAUCUAAAUGAAAAGGUUGCACAAUUAAUGCUAUCCAAUGAGAGCUUGCAUGUUUCAUCAGAAGCCCAGCUUGAAAAGGAUGGUGAUAUUGAUAAUGUGAUAGAUAAGAUGAUAUCCUCUCUUGCAACAGUUGUUAAUCAAGAGCAAGUAUCGGAUAAUUCUAGAAGUGGGAAAAUAGUAUAUAUCGAGGAAAGCACUGCACUUUUGAUUGAAAAGUAUAAUCAGAUUCUUUCUGAAAUUUAUCAACUUGGGCAGUCAUUUUCUGAGGUUGGCUUGGAUACUAGAGAGCGGGACUAUGGGAACAUACUUGUUGAUGCUCGUGGUGGGUUUCUGGAGCUCAAGAGAAAGGAAGAAGAGCUGGUUGAAAAACUGUCUCAUUUAGAAGAUGGAAAUCAGAAACUGGUUGAAGAGGUUGACAAGGAAAGGGCGGUGAUUGGGACAUUGAAGACUGAGCUUGGAAAUAUUAAAGUAGAACUUGAGCAGGAAAAGGCUAAAUUUGCUAAUACCAAAGAGAAGCUUAGUAUGGCUGUGACAAAAGGAAAGGCAUUGGUACAGCAGAGAGAUUCACUAAAGAUGUCUCUGGCCGAUAAAUCCAGUGAGCUUGAGAAAUGUUUAAGUGAAUUGCAGGAGAAGUCAGCUGCACUAGAAGCUGCUGAACUUACGAAAUACGAGUUGGCCCGAAAUGAAAAUAUGGUUGCAUCGCUGCAUAAUUCAUUGCAACAAAAUAAUACAAUUUUUGAGCAAGUAGAAGAAAUCUUGACUCAUGCUGAACCUAAUCAGCCCGAAAUGCGUGAUUUUCCAGAGAGACUAAGAUGGCUUGUGGAUGACAGAAAUAAACUUAAGAGUGCCUUCCUGGAACUAUGCAAAUUGAAGGAAGCUCUGUCUCUGUUGGACCUGCCAGAACCCGUUUCAUCAUCUGAUCUGGAAUCACAAAUGAACUGGCUUAUAGAUUCUUUUCAUAAAGCCCGAAAUGAUAUUUAUGUUCUACAGGACGAAAUUUCUGAAAUCAAGGAAGCAUCCCAUAACUAUAUUGAUCAUUUGAGUAUUUCACUUUUACUGGACUCACUGGAAAAAGAUUACCUGCAGUCUGAAUUAACAGAUUUGAGGUUUGAAUAUGGAGAGCUUGUUGGCAAAACCCAUCAGAUUUCUUUGGAGAAGGAUCAGAUAAUGAAAAUGUUAGUUGAUUUUUCUGGUUUAAACAUGGAAGAUGAAGGAAUCGAUCAAUUUUAUUCCAACACGUUGAUGAUUGUUGACUUAUGCUUUCAAAAAAUGAAAGGACAGAAUGGUCCCCUCUCCAGAGAAUCUCAUAUUGAUGCUGCAUUGUUUGAAAGGAUUCAAAGUCUCCUGUAUGUUAGGGAUCAGGGCUUAAUGCUCUACGAGGAUAUACUGGAAGAAGAUAUGCUGAUUAGAUCAGAAGUGAAUAAACUUUCAAAUGAAUUAAAAGUGGUGUCUAAGGAAAUUAUAGCACUAAAAGAAGAAAAGAGUUCUCUGCUGAAAGAUCUUGAACGAUCAGAAGAGAAGACCGGCAUGCUUAGGGACAAAUUGUCCAUGGCAGUUAAGAAAGGAAAGGGAUUGGUUCAAGAUAGGGACAAUCUAAAAGGUCUUCUAAAUGAAAAGAACUCAGAAAUUGAGCAGUUGAAGGUUGAUUUGAAGAAGCAAGAAUCUGCAGUUUCUGAAUACAAGGAUGAGAUCAAUAGAUUGUCCAGUGAUUUGGAAAGCAUUCCCAAGCUAGAGGCUGAUCUUCUGGAAAUUAAAAGUGAAAGGAAUCAGUUUGAACAGUCCUUGAUGGAGAGCAAUAACGUGAUACAGAGAGUGAUGGAAUGCAUUGAUGGUAUUGUUCUUCCAGUUGAUCCAGUUUUUCGUGAACCUAUAGAAAAGGUGAAGUGGCUUGCUGGUUAUGUCAGUGAAUGUCAAGACACUAAGGUACAUGUAGAGCAACAGUUGCAGUUAGUAAAGGAGGAGGCCAGUCUACUUGAAGUUAAAUUGGCAGAAGCCCAAGAAACUGUAAAUUCCCUUGGGCAAAGAUUAUCUUCUUCAGAGGACACUGUUUCUCAACUUGCUGAAGAAAAGGCAGAGUUACAACAUGAGAAAGAAAAAGUUGUGGAAGAGUUGCAGAAAGUUAAAGAAGAAGUUGCUGAAGUUUGCAGUACUAGAACGUCACUUGAAGACGCCUUAUCACAGGCAGAAAAAGAUAUUUCUGUUCUUUCCGAAGAGAAAGAGCAGGCUCAAGUAUCUAGAGUUGCUGCAGAGACAGAGUUAGAGAGAGUUAGAGAUGAAGCCGUCAGGCAGACAACAGAACUAGCAGAGGCCAGCAAAACCGUAAAGGAUCUAGAAGUUGAACUAUCUCAGGUUCAGAGCAAGGUCAAUUUAUUGACUGAAAAGUACGAUGCUGAUCAAGUUGUCAGGUCUGAUUUGGAAAAUGAAUUGAAGAAGCUGCAAGAUGAAGCGGCAAAUAAUGCUAGCAAUUUUUCAGGUUCCUCUGCAACUAUAAAAUCACUGGAAGAUGCAUUGUUGAAGGCGCAAGAUGAUAUUUCUACCCUAGAAGAUGCAAAUAAAAUUGCCAAACAGGAGAUAUCUUCGCUCAGUUCAAAGUUAAAUUCAUGCAUAGAUGAGUUAUCUGGAAAGAGUGGAAGCUUAGAGAACAAAUCCCUAGAGCUCAUUGGAUUCCUUAAUGAUCUUCAGGUGCUUAUGAAAGACGAUACUCUAUUUCUCAGGAUUAAACAAUGCUUUGAAAGGAAAUGUGAGACCCUGAAGAAUGUGGAUCUCAUUGUGAACAAAGUAAGAAACUGUGUUGCCUUGGCUGCUAAGGAUUCUGAAGAGCACCUUAAGAUGGAGGAAGAUCCACUUGUGAGAAAAUUGUUUUCAGAUGGCCAUGAAAAAUUUGAAGUCGAACUGGACAACAGAGAUAUUGAUGGCAUUGAUAUUGACACCAUAAUCUCAUCAUUUGGAAAGAUUGUGAAAGGAUUUCAGUUGAGAAAUGAACAUUUUGCAGAUAAGUUUGAUGAAUUUUCUAAUGCUAUUGAUGACUUUAUUUCUCCUCUCCAUGGAAAACUACUGGAAACAGAGACUAAUAUAUUGGCUAUUGUUGAGCACAUGGAAAUUAUGAAAGAAAAGGAAAAUAGUGUACAAAAGUUGAACGAAGAAAAAGAUAAUAUUAUUGCCAGUUUAGAGGAUGAUAUCAGUUUACUGCUUUCAGCAUGCACUGAUUCUACCAGUGAACUUCAAAAUGAAGUUCACCAAAAUCUUGAGCAGCUUGGCUCCACUUUUGAGGUUGAGAAGUUAAACCAUGAAGCAGAUGAACAAGUAGAGCAUCAUAAGAACAACAAAUAUGCAGAUGCAUCAAAAAAGUUGAUGAAUGCUUCUGGAAAAGUUCAAACUUUGAUUAGACAGUUCAAAUUUAAAAUUGAGCAAGUAGAUGCAACAAUUAGAGAUUUGCAGAACAAAUUGAAUGAAACAACAGUUGCUUUUGAAUUGGUUACAGAGGAGAGAGACUUAAAUAAAAAUAGAGCUUUGCGGUUGGAGUCUGAUAUUCAAUCGCUCCAAAGGGCUUGCAGUGAGCUUAAGGAUACAGCAGAGGGUUAUCACGUCCUAGAAGAAAAGUUAAAGGAAAAGGACGCUGAGAUUUCAUCGAUGCACAGUACUUUGUUGGCAAAAGAAGAAAGCUCCAUCCUUUCAGCAUCCCAGUUGAAAGAUAUCUUUGGAAAGAUAGAUAGGAUCGAAUUCCCUAUUGUAAAUUCUGAAGAAGAUGAUAUGGAGCCACAUACUUCAGACCCUGUGAAGAAGCUCUUUUACAUUAUUGAUAGUGUUGCUAGAUUGCAUCAUCAAAUAAAUUCACUGUCUCAUGAUAAAAAAGAGUUGCAAUCAAUUCUUGAAACUAAGGCUCUUGAAAUUAAGGAUCUAAAGGAUGAAGCCAAACAACUCAAUAGAAACUGUGAAGACUCAAAAAUGGUCAAGAAUGAACUGUUUGAACUAACCUCUGUCUUAGAAAAAAUUAUAGAUAUUUUGGGAGCCAACGAUUGGGUUGUAGAUAGAAAAUCUAAAGGUGUAAGAGAAUUAUUGCCAGCAUUGGAAAAGCAUAUCAUUGCCAUUCUUUCAGAAUCUGAAAAUUCAAAAUCCAAGGCCCAGGAACUUGGUAUUAAAUUAGUUGGAAGUCAGAAGGUUAUUGAUGAAUUAACGACCAAGGUUAAAUUACUUGAAGAUUCAAUUCAAGAUAGGAUUUCUCAGCCAGAUAUUGUCCAGGAAAGGAGCAUAUAUGAAGCACCCUCAUUGCCUUCUGGCUCCGAAAUAACUGAAGUUGAAGAGGGAUCUCUUGGCAAGAAAACAUUAUCACCUGUCCCAUCGGCUGCUCAUGUGCGGAGUAUGCGAAAAGGGUCUAAUGACCAUCUUGCACUUGAUAUUAGUGUGGAGUCUGAUCAUUUAAUCAACACGGCUGAUACCGAUGACGAUAAAGGUCAUGCAUUCAAGUCUCUGAACACUUCUGGAUUCGUACCGAAACAAGGAAAGCUCAUUGCAGAUCGUGUUGAUGGAUUCUGGGUAUCUGGUAGUGGGGUUCUCAUGAGUCGUCCUAGAGCAAGAUUAGGACUCAUUGGCUAUUUGCUAAUCUUGCAUAUAUGGUUACUGGGGACGAUAUUGUAGAAAACUGUGAUCUAACCAAUCUGAACUGCUCAACACUCAACGUCCUGCAUCUGCAAACUGUAAUGUAGAUAGAUAUGAUAACAAUAUAUUUUUGCUUCUGAAUCAAGCCUACCCUGUUUUUCUAUAAUCUCAUCUGUUAGUUCUCUGCAAUCACAUUUUAGGAUUCAGAGAUUAUAGUUUUCAUGUGCUGGGCUCAGUUUUUGACAGCCUUAAAUCUUUAUUUUACUUUUAAUUGCAGUCCCUCAAUUGUAUUGGCCUACAUUUGUUUCAACAUUAACUGAUGUGGUAGGUAGGAAAUAGGUAGAUGAAUUUUUUUCACUUGUGUCAGAAUAAAAAAAUGUAUUGUAGAAAGAUUUUAAGAGUGACUCAUUUCUAUCUCAAGCAAUGAAUAAAAAUAUACUGAAGACUAAUAGAUCCAUUAAUGAUA